AUGGCAACCGCGAUACCCUCCAUAGCCUGCAUAGGCAUAAUCGGCCGUGAAAACAACCCCCUCCAUGUCUCCAUCUUCCCCUCCUUCAACCCGCAGACCAAUACUCUCGCCCCCCUUCGCACGCCACUCCAGUUCUCUCUUCUCCUCUCCUCGACCCUCGAUGUCUUUGAACUCCGCGCUCGCCACGCUGCAGGCACUGGCACUGGCCUCUCUGGCGACUUCGGCCUCCUUCACGCCGUCGACGAGCGCCUCGCCGCGUACGGCUUCGAGACGAACACGGGCGUCAAAAUUGUCGUCGUAGUCGAUAUGCGCGGGCGGAGCGUCGACGGCAGCGUCUUUGGUGGUGAUCGGAAGUCUGGCACGGGCACAGGGACGGGGUCCGCGGGCGGUGGUGUCGGGUUGAGGGAUGGGGAGUUGAAGGUCGUGUUCCGCGCGGUGCAGAGCGCGUACGUACGGCUCGUGCAGAACCCAUUCUUCGAGCCGGACGAGGUCAUGGGCAAGGGAGGAAAGAGGAUCACGAGCCGCAAGUUCGACGGGGAGAUACGCCGCAUCGGCGAGGGUUGGACGCCGGGCGUUACAAGCUUGUGA